AUGAAACUCAACAAUAUUGUUAUUCUGUUUUUUCUGGUGCUGCUCUUGAUUACUUGUUCCAACCUGUUGGUGGAAGCCAGAAGUGACCCAAAAAAGGAACAUCAAAGCGCAGCGAAAGAUGAAGAAAAAGAAGAGAAGUUGAUAAGAAGCCAAAGGAGAAGCAACAACAACAUUGGUAGUAGAAGGAGAAACAAUCACGGAAGAAGAUCAUGGCCACAUCCACCAUUAGUUCCUUCCCCUCCACCACCAAAAAGACGUCCUCCGUUUAUAAUCCGUCCACCACCACUAGUACCAUCUCCACCACCACCAAGACGUCCACCAAUAAUAACCCGUCCACCACCACUAGUACCAUCUCCACCUCCACCUAGACGUCCAAUAAUCAUUCACCCGCCACCACUAGUCCCUUUGCCACCUCCACCAAGACGUCCUCCGGUUAUAAUAUAUCCACCACCAUUAGUACCUUCACCACCUCCAUCCAUAAUCUUCCCACCACUAGUUGCUUCUCCACCACCUCCACUAGUGCCUAUAUUUGAUGCACCUCCCUCCUAUACUUUUUCGCCACCAGAACAAGAUUUAACCCCAGGAACACUCCUUGUCCCUAUCUUUUCACCACCGCUAGUUCCUGUCCUAGUGCAAAAAGAUCCAAAUUUACCAUAA